AUGAAUGGCUAUGGCCCAUUGUUGCUGGAACACAGGCUGCAUGGUGUGGAUGGUAGCAUCAAGAAGGUAAAGCUUGUGAAUUUGCUUUCAUACAUCCAUGCAGCUUACAGGGCAGGAGGUGGAUUCCACACCUUGCUGAAGAAAACUCUGGCAAAACACAAUAGCCCACUUUCCUUGCUGGUCUAUGCAGAUGAGGUGACACCAGGAAAUGUCUUGGCCAAUGUGCCAACCAGGAAGAUGUGGUGCAUAUACAUAUCUAUAAAAGAGUUCUCUGUCCAUUUGCAGAAGGAAGCUGCAUGGAUGACAGUUGGGCUGAUCAGAAGUGACACUGUUGCUGCCUUGGAUGGCCACUUGAGCCAAAUUCUGUCUGCAUUGCUGGAAUCGAUAUUUUACAGCAGCUAUGGAAAUGUGCAAGAACUGGGUCUGCAAUUGCAGGAGCCACCAGGGCAUGCAACACUUGGCAAAAGACUCUUCUUGCAGCUGGGUUUUCUUAUUAUGGAUGGUCAAGCUGCCAAAUUUUCUUGGAGCACCAAAGGAGACAGUGGUAGCCGCUUUUGUCAGCAAUGUGCCAACAUUUUCCAACUUGCUGAUGACAAUGACAAUGAUGCAGAAGAUGGCUCCAUGUCAGAGAUUGCAAAGCACUGCAAAUUUGACCAACUGCAUUUGGUUUCUGACAAGGAAAUUUUCCAGAGCUGGGACAGGAUGAAAGAAAGACAUGGCAAUGUUUCCAAAAAAGAGUUCCAGCAGUGGGAGCAAGCAACUGGGAUUAGCUUCUCACCUCAUGCAUUGCUGGCCAACCCAACACUCAGGCCCAUCUUGAGGCCUACCAGGCAAAACUGUUGGGACUGGAUGCAUUGUUUAUUAUCCAAUGGUGUGAUGAACAUGGCUCUUUUCAAUGUGCUGGACAAGCUGGACCAAUGGGAUCUACUUUCUUCUUAUGUGCAGCACUUUCACUUGCCAAAAUCUUUGAGCAACAUUAAAUUGGGACCCUUGUUUCAGAGCAAAAGAUUGGCCAAGGACAGGAAGCACAAGAAAAUCAUUGCUACUGCCAGUGAACUUUUGACUUUGUGCAGCAUUGUUGCACACUAUAUGAGAGUGGUGUGUCUCCCAGCCAAUGCAUGCAAAGAAGGAGUAGAGGCCUUCUUGUCAAUCCUGUGCCUCAUGGACUUGCUUCAAGCCACUUGGCAUGGUACAGUGGUUCCCUUGCAACUUUUGGAAGCAGCAGAAAGCAGCUUGAAGCAGUGUGUUGACUUGGAUUGGAAGCUGAUCAAGAAGCACCAUUGGCUUCUGCACUUUCACCAAAUGCUGUCCAAGCACCAAUGUAUUCCCAAUACCUUUUGUAUGGAGAGAAAGAACAAGAUGCCAGGAAGAAUUGCAACAUUGAUUCAGAACUUGAGCAAUUUCGAAUGGUCUGUGUACUCUGAAGUUGUGACCCUUGAGAUGGAAAGGCUUUCAGACCCUGAUGUGUUUGCAAUUGAGCCAGGUUUGUUGCAAGCAAAGUCUUUGGCUAGGAGAUUGGUUCCUUUGGCUGCAGAGAUUUGGUACAGCUGGAAUGAUGCCAGCAGCAGCAACCAUGCCAGAAUCAAGCAUGGCCUUUCUUCCCAAGGUGAUUUGGUAUACUUGACAAGUCAUGAUGGCAACAAGUUUGACUGUGGGCAAGUUCUUUGCUUUCUCACCAACAAUCAUGGAGAUGAUGUGGCUGUGAUGAAUUUGCUGCAUUUGACAAAGUUGGCUGAGACUUUUGCUGAAUGGGAAGACAGAAAGAGCCAUGUGGUGGUUCCCUUGGAAGAACUGCUGGUUGCAGAGGAUAAGACCGAACUGACCAGCGUGGGCUUGGGAUGGCCG